UUGUAAGUGCCAGUGAACACACGAAGAAGAACUGAGCCUCAGUAAAUAUUAUUCAGCUACCAUCGCUCAUAAAGCUUUCAUAUUUCUGCCUGACACCUUUGAAUCGAGGCAGAAUGCCUCGCUUUGCACAGCUCGUGAUGGGCCCGGCGGGGAGCGGGAAGAGUACUUACUGCUCCACUAUGGUCCAGCAUUCAGAGAGCAUCAACCGAUCAGUGCAGGUGGUCAACCUGGACCCAGCAGCUGAGCACUUUGACUACCCUGUCAUGGCAGAUAUCCGUGAGUUGAUCCAGGUGGACGAUGUGAUGGAAGAUCAAUCCCUCAGAUUCGGCCCUAACGGAGGCCUGGUUUUCUGCAUGGAGUACUUUGCCAACAACUUUGAUUGGCUGGAGGAAAGCCUGGGGCACGUAGAAGAUGACUAUAUACUGUUUGACUGCCCAGGUCAGAUUGAGCUCUACACACACCUCCCUGUGAUGAGGCAGCUGGUGGAGCAGCUCCAGCAGUGGGAGUUUCGGGUGUGCGGGGUCUUUCUGGUGGACUCCCAGUUUAUGGUGGAGUCUUUUAAGUUCAUCUCAGGAGUGAUGGCUGCCCUCAGUGCCAUGGUGUCGUUAGAGAUUCCUCAAGUAAACAUCAUGACAAAAAUGGACCUGCUUAGUCCCAAAGCCAAGAAGGAAAUAGAAAAGUACCUGGACCCAGACAUGUACUCAAUGAUGGAAGAUAGCUCUGAUACUAUCAGAAGCACAAAGUUCAAGAAGCUGACUAAAGCCAUCUGUGAACUUAUCGAUGACUACAGUAUGGUGAGAUUCCUGCCUUUUGACCGCACAGAUGAAGAAGGUGUAAACAUAGUUCUACAACAUAUUGACUUCUCAAUACAGUAUGGAGAGGACCUGGAGUUCAAGGAGCCAAAGGAGACGGAUGAGGAGCCAGCUAACUUAAACUAUGAUGAAGCUUUUCAAGACUGUGGGAACAGCUGAAGAUUUAAAUGACGCAAGGGACUAUUGAAACACAACACCAAGGGCAUGGGACUGCAAGGAUGUGAAAAAAGGACAAGAUCACUGACUGUGUUUGUCUUUUUUUAUCUGUGUUUUGCUGACUCAAGAAAUUUGAUUUCCACAAGUUUGUUUUAUUAUUCUGGGACAUUGUUGAAGUUAAAACAUGUAAAACAGAUUUAUUAAUGCUAUAUUUUUUAAAUAAAAUAUUACCCCAAAAUA